CUUUUGUACAUGAAGGUUUCACAUCUUAUGCGAAAAUAGAGGAAGGGUUCAAAGUUUUUAAAUUGACGUAGUUAAACACUAAAAAUGAAGAUUUUAAUGAGAGCUGAUACACACUGUAGUAUCAUAGUGGGUGAAAGUGACUAUGGCAAACCAAAGUAUACAUUUUCGCAGGUACUGGCAGCUAUUGGAGUCUCGUUGGGUUCAAUGAUAGUUGGUUUCUCUUCAGCUUACACUUCACCAGCACUUGUUACUAUGAAAAAUUCAACAACUAUUUCGGUGUCCGAAGAAGACGCAAGUUGGGUCGGUGCGUUACUACCUUUGACUGCAGCGAUCGGGGGUAUUAUCGGUGGACCUCUAGUAGAUUACUUAGGACGUCGUAGAACGUUAAUACUGACUGCAAUACCAUUUGCUAUCGGAUGGAUUUUGAUAGCAUCAGCAAAUAUUGUCCAGUUGGUACUUGCGGGACGAGCAAUAUGCGGUUUAUGUGUUGGAAUUGCAUCAUUAGCUUUUCCAGUUUAUCUAGGUGAAACCAUUCAGCCAGAAGUAAGAGGCACAUUAGGAAUAUUGCCUACAGCAAUCGGAAACAUCGGAAUCCUCAUAUGUAACGCAGCGGGUAAAUAUUUAGACUGGUCAACGCUGGCGUAUUUGGGGGCUGCUCUCUCUGUUCCAUUUCUUGUCUUUAUGCUGCCUUUACCAGAAACGCCGCGUUGGUAUUUAUCGCAAAGUAAGACAGAAGAUGCCCGAAAAGCACUACAAUGGCUUCGAGGAAAGCAUGCAAAGAUUGAUAAAGAAAUGCAAGAUAUAGCUCUAUCCGAUGCCGAGAUCCAAAACCAGUCAUCGUUUAGAGAUAUUUUUGAUAAAAAAUAUCUAAAAUCGAUUUCAAUUUGUCUCGGUUUAAUGACUUUUCAACAAUUCUCAGGGAUAAAUGCUGUCAUAUUCUAUACGGUAGGAAUAUUUAAAAUGACCGGGAGUUCUGUAGAUGAGAAUUUAUCCGCGAUUAUUGUAGGUGUCGUCAACUUUGUAUCAACAUUCAUCGCCACAGCAAUAAUUGAUAGAGCGGGUCGAAAAUUAUUAUUGUACAUUUCUUCAGUUACAAUGACUAUAACACUAAUGAUAUUAGGUACAUUUUUCUAUGUUGUUAAUUUAGAAGCGACAAGUCUAGGUUGGAUACCACUUACAUGUAUAAUGGUUUAUUUGCUUGGAUUUUCAUUAGCUUUUGGCCCAAUACCAUGGCUUAUGAUGGGUGAAAUUCUACCUGCUAAAAUAAGAGGAGCUGCAGCUUCAAUGUGUACUUCAUUUAAUUAUUUAUGUUCAUUUAUAGUCACAAAAACUUUCUAUAACCUCGUAAAAGCGAUAGAACCAUCGGGUGCAUUUUGGUUAUUUGGUAGCAUUUGUUUUACAGGAUUAUUUUUUGUGAUCAUAUGUGUGCCUGAGACCCGAGGAAAAAGUCUCGAACAAAUAGAAAAUAAACUUACUCGUAGGCGUAACAGAUCACGAAGAUUAAGUUCAAUAGUAAACAUUAAACCUCUGCCAAGUGGUUGUUGAUAGUUUGUUUGUUUUACUACAUAAAUAAUAUAAGUAAAAUCAAUGUAUAUGCAAAGGCGUUUUAGUAGCUUUAAGCUACUAAACGCCUAAAUAAUAAAAAUAAAUUAAACCAGUUUCUAGUCUAAGCCUACAUUUAUAUCUAUUCUAAAAGCAGUUGUUUUCUGUAUAAAGUUUGAUAGCUCUCAAAUCUGCAUUGUUUAGAUACCAACUAAAUUGAGUAAGUAUCUUUAAAAUUUAACGACAUUAUGAAAAAGGUGUUAAAUAUGAAGUGCUCAUUUCAAGUUACUAACUGGACAGUAUAGUAUAACACAGAAACAAUUAAAAUUGUUCGGUAUAAGCAAAGUAAUUAAACAUUAAUUCAUUGUUAUUUAACAGAUGUCAAAGUUUGUGUUAGUUACAGUUGAUCUUUGAAACAUGUGCAUGAACUACUACUGAAUGUUUACCUUGUAAAAUAAUGUUAUAUGCAUCAGCAGUAAAAAAAUUAACAUUUUAUGUUAAUAUGGUGACUUCCUCAAACAUUUCUAUAAAAAUUAUUUGAAUUAAUAAAAAAAAUAUGAUGUGUAGUAUAUUUACACUAAACUAAACAAGAAACAAACAAAAUACAGUCAUCCAACUUCAAUAUAAAAAAUGUUAAAAUUAUCAAGUUUCAUGAACUGUACCAAUUGUUCUAAAGAACCUGCUUUCUAAAUAUAUCUUUAUAAGCUUAGAAAUAAACCAAAAACAUAUUAC